AUGGAGACGAAUCCCAUCUUUCAUUCUAGAUAUCCUCUUGGUAAAGACUAUCCUGGAUUCAAAAAACCUGCUUUACCAACUAAACUUGGUGGGCGUGAUUCAAGAAAACCUUCAAAUUCUGUUGCUCAGUUACAGCAACGUCUUCAUACACUGGCUGGACAAAUACCAAUAGCCAAAAAUAUGUCUGCUGGUAAAACUACACAUUCUUCCCCCUAUGCGCCUCAUGGAGACAAAUCAGUUCAAAACGAGUAUAUUCGCAACCUUCAACAACAAAUCUAUUUAUUAGAACUCGAGACUCGUUAUUUAAAAUCUGGGGGACAGCAUUCACUAGGAGCACCAAAAGAUAUGCAUGGGCAUGAUUUUAUGGCCAGAAACUCUCAUCCACACAGUCAAAAUACAACUGAAACUGGUUUAGAUAUCAAGGAACUGCAAUCAGAAUUCAAUGCUUUCAAGGAAAAAACUCGGGAACUAGAACUUACUUUGGAAUCAGUUACCAAGCAAUAUGAUGAACAAACAGAAGAGAUUGCAAAGCUCAAAGAUCGGCACGGAAUUGAAAAAGACAAGAUAUAUGGAGAAUUGAUAUCUAUACGAAAAAAGUAUGAGACAGCUACAUCGGAAUGUAAGCGUUCAGAGUUGUCUUAUAAACGAAUUGUUCAAGAAAAUGAGCAGCUUGAAAGAAUAGCUUCUAAAUCAAAAGAACAAGAAAAUUCAACUAGAGAAAAGAUUGAUGAACAGCUACAGAUCAAUAAAAGCUUGUCCAAUAAAGUGGACGAAUUGCUGCAAGUUAACGUGACCAUUACGGCUAAAUUAAAAAAGUCCGAGUCAGUAAUUUUAGGAUUUAAGAUGGAAGAGCAUCAAUCUAAAAUUAGAGAGUUUGAAAAUCUUGUCAAAGAGUUGGAAACAAAAGUUAAACAACAUGAGUAUGAAAUGACUCGUGUUGACUUGUGCAAAAAAAAAAUGGAUGAUGAUCUUAAAGAUCUGCUUUCAAAAAAUAUUGCUCUUACUUACAAGUGCGAGGAGUCAAAAAAAGCGCUUGAUAGGGAAAGGAAGCAGGAAACUGAGCAAUCUCAAUCAGAUAAAAAAGAAAUCAAAGAUAUCGAAAAGCAAAAAUACCAGUUGGAACGACUAAAAGGAGACUAUGAAAUGCUGAAAAUCACAAUGGAAAACAAAGAUCGUAAAAUUAGUGAACUUCAACAGCAGAUGGAGCUAUUAGAGACAUCAAAUCACAAGAUCUUAGAAACCAAGAAUGUUCUUUCUGAACAGAUUCUUGAAAUGGAAACUCGAUUGCACAAGAACGAGAUUGAACUGACUCAAGUAUGCCAAGAUAAACGUCUACUGACAGAUGAUGUUGCAGAAAUCAAAAUUCAGCUUGAGACAGUAUUGGCUCGAUUAUCAACAGCAACAUCUAAAAACAAUUCACUUGUUAUACAGAUUGAAAAGUAUAAACGUGAUCUGGACACUCUGCAAAAGUUUGCGUCUGUAUUAGAUCAAGUUGAAACCAAUGGUCAAAAUUAUUUGCAGUUGAUGCGAGAUAUGCGCAAGUAUUUGAACACAAAUGAAUAAACCACGAUUGUACUGUCGUAUA